GCCCCUCUGUGUCUGUGUGCGUGCUUCUGAAAGCUUGGCAGGAAUGUGAGAAGCCAACCAACAAAUCAAGUGCGUCGUGGAUCGAAUCCAUUCCAGCGAAAUUGGUGAUUUAGUUUUGUAAAAAAUCUGUCCCGAGAAUCGUACAUCGGAUUGUGCAAUCUCACUAAACUAUCAAUAGCAACAUUCACUCUCGUCAGCAAUUCACGGGGAGGGUUUGUGUGGAUGUGUGUGCGAGAGAUUUGAAGUGAAGGGAUUUUCGCACAUGUCGGGUUCGAUUCCGGUUCCGGUGGUGUUGCUGCUUGCGUUGCUGGUCAGAUGACUUCCGAGGAGACGAACUGGCUUAGCUACUACACUGUGAGAUUGCCGGUAGUUAGUGACUGUCCGGCAGGUCAAACUGCUAGAGUUACAUCAAACCUGCACUCAUCCAGUAGCACCAUGGCAAACAGCAGGGUGCCCUCGCCCCCGCUGCCGGAAGUAAACACACCGGUGGCGGAAAAUUGGUGUUACACUCAGGUCAAAGUGGUCAAAUUCAGCUACAUGUGGACGAUCAACAAUUUCAGCUUCUGCCGGGAAGAGAUGGGCGAAGUGUUGAAAUCUUCCACAUUCUCUGCGGGUGCUAAUGACAAACUAAAAUGGUGCUUGCGCGUCAAUCCGAAAGGUCUCGACGAAGAAAGCAAAGACUAUCUCUCCCUCUACCUGUUGCUGGUGUCCUGCAAUAAAUCGGAAGUGCGGGCAAAGUUCAAAUUCUCGAUCCUAAAUGCCAAACGGGAGGAAACGAAGGCGAUGGAAUCGCAGCGAGCGUACCGGUUCGUGCAGGGCAAGGACUGGGGCUUCAAGAAGUUCAUCCGCCGGGAUUUCCUGCUCGACGAAGCGAACGGGUUGCUACCGGAGGACAAGCUAACGAUAUUCUGCGAGGUCAGCGUGGUGGCCGACAGUGUGAACAUUUCCGGCCAGAGCAACAUCAUCCAAUUCAAAGUGCCAGAAUGCAAGCUGUCCGAGGAUCUGGGGACACUGUUCGACAACGAAAAGUUUAGCGACGUCACCCUGGCGGUCGGCGGACGGGAGUUCCAGGUGCACAAAGCAAUCCUAGCCGCACGUAGCCCCGUGUUUGCCGCAAUGUUCGAGCACGAGAUGGAGGAGCGAAAGCAGAACCGGGUCGCCAUCACCGACGUGGACCACGAAGUAUUAAAAGAGAUGCUACGGUUUAUCUACACCGGGAAGGCGCCCAACCUGGACAAGAUGGCGGACGAUUUGCUGGCGGCGGCCGAUAAGUACGCGCUGGACAAGCUGAAGGUGAUGUGCGAGGAAGCGCUCUGUGUUAAUCUGUCGGUCGAGACCGCGGCCGACACGCUGAUUCUGGCCGAUCUCCACAGCGCCGACCAGUUGAAGGCGCAAACGAUAGACUUCAUCAACACCAGUCAUGCGACCGACGUGGUGGAAACGGUUGGCUGGAAGAACAUGGUGACGACGCAUCCGCACCUGCUGAACGAAGCCUACCGCGCACUGGCGACCCAGCAGAUACCACCGAUUGGUCCACCGCGCAAACGGGUGAAAAUGAGCUGAAAUAAAAUGUUG